GCUCAAAUAUUCCGGCUGAAAAUCGCCAUACUUUCCGACCGAUUCACCUCUGACGAAUCCUACCGGAAUCUCAAUAUCUGACACUAACAGCCGCAAGACGUAGCUGCCAUGGCGGUGGAGGAAGAGCAGACCGAGUGGCAUUUGCAUAGCGGACAAUACCUUGGAGAAAUCUCAGCUCUAUGCUUUCUCCAUUUACCUCCUCAAAUCUCCUCUCUUCCAAUUCUCCUCGCAGGCUCGGGUUCGGAGGUGCUGGCGUAUAACUUGGAAUCUGGAAAUAUGAUAGAAUCGUUUCGAGUAUUUGAAGGGAUUCGUGUUCAUGGGAUUUCAUCAAUGUCUUUGAGUUUCAGUGGAGCAUCGUCUUGUACCAAGCUUGAUUUCGUACUAGUUGUUUUCGGUGAAAAACGAGUUAAGUUAUAUCGUGUUAGCGUUGAAAUGGUUGCUGAAGUUUGUGUCGAUUUGGUUCCGUUAUGUUCUUUGCCGAGGUUCAAUCAUUGGGUCUUGGAUGCUUGCUUCUUGAAGAGCCGUGACUCUUCUUCCUCGGCAGGUAGUGAUAGCUGCGGCUAUAUAGCCAUUGGAUGCAGUGAUAACUCUGUUCAUGUUUGGGAUACUUGUGAAUCUAGAAUGAUUCUUGAAGUUGAAUCACCAGAGAGUUGCCUCUUGUACUCAAUGCGGUUGUGGGGUGAUGCCAUUGAAACUCUUCGAGUUGCAUCUGGUACUAUUUUUAACGAGAUAAUUGUUUGGGAAGUGGUUCCUUCAGAAGGUACUCUGAAAGAUUGUGAUGAAAAGAGUAAUGACAUUCAAUUUGACCAUUUGAAAUAUGAGGCUAUGCAUAUUAGUAGGCUUGUGGGACACGAGGGUUCGAUCUUUCGCAUUACUUGGUCCUCUGAUGGAUCCAAACUGGUUUCUGUUUCUGAUGAUCGUAGUGCUCGCAUUUGGAGGCUUAAUGCAAAAAGGAGUGAGGCAGAUAAACCUGAGGACGUUAUUGUUCUGUUUGGCCACAAUGCUAGAGUUUGGGACUGCUGUAUCUAUAAUUCUUUGAUAAUCACUGCUGGUGAGGAUUGUACAUGUCGCGCUUGGGGAUUAGAUGGAAAACAGCUGGAAAUGAUAAAGGAGCAUAUAGGGAGAGGUGUAUGGAGAUGUUUGUAUGAUCCAAUGUCCUCUCUUCUUAUUACUGCUGGCUUUGAUUCUUCUAUUAAAGUGCAUCAGCUAAACAUAUCUUUAUCCGGGACCUCCAAUGACCCUGUGGAAAUUACUAGCAGUAGUAUGAAAAGAGAGUUUUUCACUAGUUGUAUUCCAAAAUCAUUGGAUCAUAAUGGACUUAUGGACAGCAAAAGUGAGUAUGUGCGCUGCUUAUGGUUUUCGUCUGAAUUUACACUCUAUGUUGCUACCAACCGUGGUUAUUUGUAUCAUGCUACAUUAUCUGAUGCCAUGGAUGUAAAGUGGACUAAAGUUAUUCAUAUUAAUGAAGAGGUUCCAAUUGUUUGCAUGGAUUUAUUUCCCUCAAGUCCAUCUAGAGUUUCCUGUGAAGCUGAUGAUUGGGUUGCUCUUGGAGAUGGUCAAGGAAGAAUGACGGUUUUAAGAGUUCUAGGAAAUUCAAAUGCCCCUAAACUUCAUCUCUCGUUUAAUUGGUCCGCUGAAGCAGAGAGACAGCUUUUAGGAACCUUUUGGUGCAAGUCACUUGGAUUCAGGUACAUCUUCACUGCUGAUCCUAGAGGAGUAUUGAAACUCUGGAGGUUAAAUGAUCAUGUACCAGAUUCUCAGAAUGGCGAAAAUUGUAAUGUAUCUCUCAUUGCAAAAUACGUAUCAUGCUUUGGCUUGAGGAUUAUGUGUUUGGAUGCGUCAUUUGAGGAAGAGAUUGUGGUGUGUGGUGAUGUACGUGGUAAUCUUACUCUAUUCCCUUUAUCGAAGGACUUAUCACUUGAUAAUCCAAUAACAACAGAAGUAAAGAUAAUUCCAACCUGUUACUUCAAAGGAGCUCAUGGUAUAUCAACUGUGACCAGUGUUGUGAUCAGAUUGGACUCAUGCCAAACAGAAAUACACUCAACUGGUGCAGAUGGAUGCAUAUGUCAUAUGGAAUAUGUGAAACUCAAAGACCAGAAACUUUUGGAGUUCAUAGGGAUGAAGCAAGUCAGAGAGUUGACUUCAGUGCAAUCUCUCUUCUAUGAUCAAAAUUCUUUUCUUGAUUUGACAAGCAAUCUUUAUGCAAUUGGCUUUGCAUCCACAGAUUUCCUUAUAUGGAACUUAAUCACUGAAUCAAAGGUAUUGCAAAUACAAUGUGGUGGAUGGCGGCGUCCUUAUUCUCAUUAUCUUGGUGAUGUACCAGAACUCAAGAACUGUUUUGCAUAUGUCAAGGAUGAAAUUAUCUAUAUCCAUAGAUAUUGGGUUUCAGACGGUGGGAAAAAAAUAUUUCCUCAAAAUUUGCACGUACAAUUCCAUGGCAGAGAGCUGCAUUCUUUACGUUUUAUACCUGAAGACGUUGAACCUAAAGCUGAUAACAAGCAUGACAUCUUAUCCAGAUCUAGCUGGAUUGUAACUGGUUGUGAAGAUGGGACUGUGAGGUUGACUAGGUAUACUCCUAGCACCAAUAAUUGGUCUGCUUCAAAUUUACUUGGAGAGCAUGUUGGUGGAUCAGCUGUGAGAUCCAUAUGCUACAUAUCAAAAGUACACUUGAUUUCGUCAGAUGGAACCAUUAUGCCUGAUGUUAAAGAUAUACAAGAAUCUGACCCAGACUUGACAGAAAAUCCUGUUUUACUAAUUUCAGCUGGUGCGAAGCGAGUAUUAACUUCUUGGCUACAGAAGCAUAGGAAACUAGAGAAAAUGGAAGGAACAAGUGCUUGUUUACGACAGAAUGAAGAAGUUAGAAAUGAGCCCUCUAGAUUGGCAUCGUCUAUUUCCUUCAAGUGGCUUUCUACUGAUAUGCCAACCAAGCGUUCAAGUUCUCAUAGAAAUUCAUACAAUAUAAGGGAAGAUGCUGAAUCCAAUUUACUUCAAGAAAAAGAGGAGUUGAGCCUUAAAUCUUGUCCUGUAGAAAAAUAUGAAGAUGAUUGGAGAUACUUGGCAGUUACUGGAUUUCUUGUUAAACAUUUUAAUUCAAGGAUUACUGUCUGUUUCAUCGUUGUUGCAUGUUCAGAUGCCACGCUUUCACUCCGAGCUCUAAUUUUACCUAAUCGAUUAUGGUUUGAUGUUGCUUCACUGGUUCCUGUAGGAUCACCAGUUUUGACGCUACAGCACGUAGUUGUUCCAAAAUUUCACCCUAAUGGAGCUGGACAAACUCUAUUUGGGAAUGUUUAUAUCGUCAUUAGUGGAGCCACUGAUGGAAGUAUUGCAUUUUGGGAUCUGACUGGAAAUAUUGAAGCAUUCAUGAAGCGUCUCUCUUCUCUUCAUCAGGAAAUGUUCAUUGAUUUUCAGAAACGGCCUCGUACAGGAAGAGGAAGUCAGGGUGGCAGGUGGCGGAGAUCUUUAAGUACUGUGACCCAAGGUCAAUCAAGCAAAGAUUUGAUUACUAAGAAAGAUGGAGACGAUACCAUCUUAAGUAUACAAAAUCAAGUUCCUUGCAAAGGCUCAUCCAAAGCGGACAUAUCUGAAGCCGAUACAGUUUGCUCAGAACCUGUUUGUUGUGCUUCUUCUGAACUAGUUCUAACUUCCGACAAUUCUUCCUCUAAGAUGAGUGAAAUACGGCCAAUUCAUGUUCUAACCAAUGUCCAUCAAUCUGGCGUGAAUUGUCUCCAUGUAGCGGCUGUAAACAGUGCUGAAUGUGUUAAUAAUUGUUUCUUGUACCAUGUGAUCAGUGGUGGUGACGAUCAAGCACUUCAAUGUCUUACAUUUGAUUUGUCAUUUCUCUCUGAAAGCCCUAUUUCUGAAAUAAUGGAAUCUGAAUCUGAAAGUAUGAAGAGGUUCAUUCUUCACAGUGAAGACUGUAAUCGUAAAUAUAUGGUUAGGUUCCUCAGGUCUCACAAAAUUGCAUCAGCUCACAGUUCUGCUAUAAAAGGUGUCUGGACAGAUGGGAUUUGGGUGUUUUCUACUGGUCUUGAUCAGAGGAUCAGGUGUUGGAAACUUGAGGCCCAGGGGAAAUUGGUUGAGUAUACAUACUUGAUCAUUACUGUGCCAGAACCGGAGGCCAUUGAUGCUAGAGCCUGUGACAAGAACCAUUAUCAAAUUGCUGUAGCUGGAAGAGGCAUGCAAGUUGUUGUGUUUUCUACAUCCUUUGAUACUGGCAGAAGAUGAAGAUGUGAAAUAAUCUUGACAUGUGAUAGCUUGCGAAUUCAAUUACGGGGGAACAUAUUCUCUUACAGGACAAUAAUACAUACCCCUUAGCAAGGUACUCCCCACCAUCAGAAAGACUCUUAGCCCACAUGAUCCAACUAAAUCUGUACCCCUUGUGCCUGGCCUGUACUCUUUUGUACAUUUUUCAGCCAAUAGCUGACAGCCACCUGUUCUAUUACUCGACCAGCUAUGCGCUUCCAGCCCAUUCCUUUUCCUUCAAGAGUUGUUAUUCAGUGGGGGCCCUUCACCCGUCUCUGUCUUUCUUCCCUUGAUUAUUCUAUGGCCUUAAAUGAAUCUUAAUGGGGCCUAUCGACAUGGUUUUUCAUCUCUCCAUACUGAGGAUUCUGCAUAUGGUCUCUUUUCAUAACGGUAACAGUAGUCUGACCUUAGAGAAAAGACUAGAAAAAAUUUCUCUGUGCUUUAGUAUCAUUAAGUUAUUUGUAGCUCAAUGUUGAGUUCGAGUAUAGUAUGACUCCAAAUAGUUACACAGCUAAGAGAAUUUGACUAAUAGGUUUUUAUCCCUUUUGUCAUAUUUGCCAUGUUCAUGGAGAAUGAUAAGAUGCACGUUCAACUUUGAGCUGCAUAUGGCUUUUCACUUCAAUUUACUGCUGUUCUGUAUAAACGAUUUAUAGUUUUUUCUGUACUUUCAAGGGAUCAAUAAAGCAGCAAUUUGCGCAA